AUGGACUUGCGAUAUUGCGUAGUGUUUGAAAGUCCGGUUCGGUCCGGUUUUUUGAUGCCCAGGGGCGUUAACCGUAACCGUAACCGGUCUGCCUUUUCCCCAGAAGUCAAAAGACCAGACCGGACCGCAAAAAGACCGCAGACCGCGGUUUUUUGCGGUCUAUAG